UGCUCUGCUCUGUCUCUCCAUACACGCCAAGAUGAGCUACGGAUCUGAAUCCUUCUCCGCCUCCUCCUACCGGAAGAUUUUCGGGGAAUCUCCCCGUUAUGCAUCCUCUCCGUCGCGGUCAACCGUUAACCUGUCCUCCAGGACAGGUUACCGGUCAACCUCUGCGUCCCGGAGCAGCGCCUCCGUCCUGGGCUCGUACAACAGAAAGUCCGGCCGCUCCAUGCCAAUGGAGACCUUCGACCUGACACAGAGCAAUAACCUCAACAAUGAGUUCAAAAUUGUCCGCACCAAUGAGAAGGAACAAAUGCAGGGUCUCAACGACCGCUUCGCCAUGUUCAUCGACAAAGUGCGCAACUUGGAGCAGCACAACGCAGUGCUGGAGACAGAGUUGACUACUCUGCGCCAGAGGCAGGCCGAACCGUCCCGCCUGGCGGAGCUCUACCAGCAAGAGAUCCGCGAACUGCGCUCCCAGCUGGAGGGGCUGAGCGGGGAGAAGUCCCAGUUCAUGAUAGAGAGGGAUUCUAUCGAGGACGAGCUGCAGAAGCUCAGGGGGAAAUACGAAGACGAGUUCCGCGCCCGCGAGGAAGCUGAGGCCCUUCUCAAGGCUUUUAAGAAAGAUGUGGAUGAUGCCACAAUGGUGCGCCUGGACCUGGAGAAGAAGGUGGAAUCUCUCCUGGACGAGAUCAACUUCCUCAGGAAGGUGCACGAGGAGGAGGUGGCCGAGCUGACGGACAUGAUCCACGCUGCCCAGGUGUCCGUGGAGAUGGAGGUGUCCAAGCCGGACCUCACCUCCGCUCUCAAGGAGAUCCGAGGCCAGUACGAGUCCAUGGCGUCCAAGAACCUGCAGUCCGCCGAGGAGUGGUACAAGACCAAGUUUGCCGACCUGUCCGAGCAGGCCACCCGGAGCAAUGACGCCAUCCGGGCCAGCAGGGAGGAAUUGAACGAGUUCAGGAGGCAGCUGCAGUCCAAGACCAUCGAGAUAGAGAGUCUGAGGGGAACCAACGAGUCUCUGGAAAAGCAGCUGCGGGAGAUGGAGGAAAGGCACAAUGUGGAGAUUGGAAACUACCAGGACAACAUGAUGGAGCUGGAGAACGACCUGAGGGCCACUAAGGGCGAGAUGGCUCGUCACCUCAGGGAGUACCAGGAUCUGCUGAAUGUCAAGAUGGCACUGGAUAUUGAAAUUGCAGCUUACAGGAAACUGCUUGAGGGGGAGGAGACCCGCAUCGGGACUGGGAUCAGCUUUCCCGGGUCCUCCAUGAGCAGCAUCAGUGCCGGGCAAGGCUACAACUACCAGAGUCGUAUGUACAGCAGCUCCGGCAAGAGCUCCAAGGGCAAGGACGAGGAGCAGCUGCAGCAGCAGAGCAAGUCCAUGGGCAAGGUAACCCAGCGUGAGGUCUACGAGGAGACCGUUGUCACCACCAAGAAGAUGGAGAAGCAGCAAGACCCCAGCGACAAUUCCACCAAUCAGAAAAACUAAGAGCCUAUACUGUAAGCUAGUUUCUGACCCUUAACUCCGCAUACAUCUUAUCAUUUCCCAAGCUAAAACAAACCCUGAACCUUCACACUUACACACUUGUGGGCAUCUACGAUGAACGCCUUGCCUUGUAUUAUAAGCAGAUGGUCAUGGUUUCUAUCUGCUAUAUGUCCACAAGUGUGUGAGUGAGUGUAGGAUUUAGAUGUUGUUUUAUCCUUCCCUUUCUCCCAUUUCCCCCCCACAUGUGUUCCCCAAAGGAAAUCCAUUAUAAAUCAUCUGUAACAAUCACUCUUUACAAAACCACAGUGCUCUCUCUUUGUAGUUCACACACUCAAACAAUAACAAGCACUUACGUAGCAUCUCUUUCAGGUUCUAUCAGAAAAUAAUAUUAUUCUGGUCUUUCACACUACUGAAACACGGCAGAUAAUAAAAACUCUGGUCAUUCACCAACUACCACAAGCUGUGAGAUACUCUCAACACAUUCCAAUGGAAGCACGUGUGUGUGUCCACUAACACGCAAAAAAACAACCUGCAACAGUUUAGCGAGGAAGCGCACAGUUCAUGGAAACCCAGCCAAGAAAAACCGUAAAAUAUGAUAGUGUACUGCUGAGCCAAUUUUUCAAAGACUAAUUAUCAGGUACAUGAGCAAAAUGUGUCCUUGCACAAUUUCUUCACUGGUUUGACUGUGGUCCAAUCAGCUCUGCAUGACAUAAGUAUGAAAGAGUCAUUCUCUUUAAACUCCUUUUUAACUUCCCUAGUGAAGUUUCAUUCCCAAAAGUGGAUUCCUCAUUUAAAUUGAAUCUAAGGCAAACUAAUAAUCGAGCAUAAUUUGCAUGUUGUAUGUAGAUGAUUGCAUGGAAUCCAUCGGCUCAGUGCUCUUGGGACACAAAUUCAUUGUUCGGAGAUAAAAGGCCGACUCAUGCCUUCCUUCUCACCAUCUUCCAUGCUGAGCUUCAUCAGGCACAAAACUCAUAAAAGUCAUAGACAUGCGCUUGUUAGCCUGUAAGCUAGGUAGGUCUUAGGUAGAUGUAAAAGCUGUGAGGAUAGGAAUAAGGAAAUCUCUUUAGGCACUUAUACAGGAAGUUAUCUGGCAAAUUUGCAAAGCAGAUUGCACAGUUUGUCGAAGGAUACAGGGAACAGGGAACAUUGAGCAAAGAUGCCGUAAUGGAGGCAAAAUGCAGCUAAUAUGAUAUUAAAGUGGAAGUGAUUUUUCUUUUGAAACAGUAAAUCACGCUUCAGCACAAAUAUACAAGACUCUGUAUGAUCCAUAUGGCUGUAUGCCUACACCACAUCAUUUCCCAUGUUGCCAUCAAUGAUGCUUGAAGCACAUGUGAGCCCCAGAAUCCAUACCAUAUCACUCAGCCAGAAGAAAAACCAUGGCAUCACCUAGGGCUGGGUAUCGUAAAAAAUGUUUCGAUACCAGUAUCAACACACUAGUAUACCAUACCAGAGAAAUUGAUUUGACACCAACCAGACGUCGCAUGGAUCAAAGAAUGUUUGCGUCGAUUGGCUAUGAGCAUACCAAUAAAGACAUAUUUUAGAUGUGGGUUAAAGAAAAUCUGGUUUUGUUUGACUGGAGAGUUAUCGAAAGUUUUGGGUUAUUUCGGUCAAGACUUUACUGAUACAGAUUACUGAUACACAGCCCUAAAAUCAACACACAAAAUCAGUUGGAAACGCCAGAUUGCAACACAUUUGAAACAAAUUAACUUCUCUCUUUAUAACAGCGGUCAUGACGGGAUAAAAUGUCUGUUGUAGUACGACCUCACCACUAGAAAUACUCAGUACAACAGACAAAGGAAUAGCUUGUUUUUUCUGCCUGUGAACUGCCGAAUUUAACACAUCUUAUUGUAAUGCUGCUGGUCAUGACGACCCACGACCUGACAAACUGCACUCAGACGAAAAAAAUAAAAAAUGACUGAUUGUACGGCAGACUGUUCUAGAACGGGUUUGGUUGUUUAACUUGAGGAUUGUGAUACUUGUGGUUACUUCAGUACUGCAGAGAGUGUGUCUGUAUCUCUACACAGUGGCCUAUCAUGACAGGGAAUAUUCAGAGCGGCAGCAAAUCUGAAAGUUGGGCAUUUUGUUUAACAGAUAACUGAAUUCAAGUGUAAAGCAGAUGAAAAGAUGUUAAAACUUACAAUGUUAGGAGCGUUUUAUAGUAUACAGCUAUAACAAUGGAUGAAUGUUUCAUGGUUGCAAAUGUCAAGCCUUUAUCUUUACACUGUAAACCAAAAGAGUUUUCAUUGGUGUCUGAAAAAAACCCAUCCAUACUGCUGCAACUCCUGCACUGCCAAACUUUUCUAAGUGCACAUACAACACCACUUCUCCAUGGAAUAAAAAAUCAAGAGUUUUCUGAAAAUAUAGCACGUGACCAGUGCAAAACCAACAAUCAACAUUUAGCCAUAGAACAAAUAACUGUAGGAUGUGAAAUGCCUUAAAACACCAGCAGCUUUCUUUUCUGGUCGUGUGUGAUGUGUAUGAUUCUGUCCAGUGGGGUGUAAUCAUUAUUAUGUCUUAUUAGAGCAACCAUGGCAACAAAAAGCAUAGGGAUUGAAUGUAGUUGACAUGCUAUUCUCUUUACUGUUAUUACUAUGUAUUGCUGUACGACACCAUAUAUAUCAAUAAAGACUUGACAUU